AUGUCUAUCAAGACUGAAGAUCCUGGCACUCGCAAGAAGAUAGAGGAGAUCGUCUCAUCUGAAUCCGAAUCCGACGGCCCAGACGACUCUGCAUCCAUGACCAGCAACGCAUCGACUUCGACGCACACGUUGGAGGAGGCGAUCAAUUCGGCUAGCGCGAUGCGUCUCAGGACGGUCCUCCUCCAGAUGUGCCACGAGAACGCCGUGUGCAGAUACCUGGCCGGCAAGGCGCUUAUGGUUCCGGCGCCAAACGCCGAACCGGACCCGAAAACAGGCAUGAAGCGCCUCCGCAAGGCGUACGAGAUGUGUUGCCAGUGCGGCAAGGAGUAUGAGGUCGAGGAGAACGAGAAGGUCAAGGGACUCAUGCGUGUAUCAUCCUGGUAA